UGGCCGGCGACAGCCUAUGACGUCACCACUAGUGCGACCCGAACGCACAUAAGGAGCGCCUAGAGAACAAGUCAUCCUCUUUCGUCUUUCAGGGACUGUUUUCGUUUGAAGUGCUAUUCAAAGUAGGCACACCCUUGCGUUGUGGAACCACAAAACAUCUUGAUCUCAGCCACAUCUCACAGGGGAACAGAUCAGACCCACAACUUAAGAAGGGUAGAGAGGAUACAAAUCUCAGAAUGACGAUUCCGAUGAUCACUAUGGUUGUGCUGGUACUCAUCUUUGCGGAACCAUGUAUGGGUAUGGCCUAUCGACUCACAGGAAAUGUUGCUUUGAAAAGUGUGACCCACCAGUCCAUUGACUUGUUGAACAGUAACACCGCUUCCAAUGCUGUUGAUGGAAACAAAGCAACAAAUUUAGCAAAUAAUUCCUGCACUUACAUAACUGCAAAAAGAAACCCAUGGUGGAGAGUUACCCUGCAACAGCCUUACAAAAUUGUCAUGGUUGCCAUUACCAACCGGGGUGAUUGUUGUGCUGAUAGGAUCGAUGGAGCUGAGAUUCGUAUUGGGAACAGCCUUGACAACGAUGGCAACUACAAUCAGCUGGUUGCAAAAGUGUAUUCUAUCCAGGCUGGGAAAACACAGAAGUUCAAGUUCAGUCCCUUAGAUGGACAGUAUGUUAAUGUGCUUUUACCAGGAGAGAACCGCAUUCUGACAGUAUGUGAGGUAGAGGUGUACGCAGUCUCUGAAGACAUGGUAGCAAUGAUACAGUCUGAGGGUAUAAAUGUGGCACCAAAUGGACGAGCUACCCAGUCCAGUGUGAAUCAAGGUUCUACAGCAUGUCUGAGUCUUGCACAAAAUGCCAUUGAUGGGAACCGGCAAUAUGACCUAUUCAAAGGCUCUUGCACUCAAACGAAUACUGAAAGUGAUCCCUGGUGGAGACUGGAUCUGAUUAAAACUUAUACAAUUGCAUCAGUGGCUCUUACCAAUCGCGGUGACUGCUGCGCCGAGCAACUGAAUGGAGCAGUGGUUCACAUUGGAGAUUCACUAGAGUCUGAGGGCCGUGCAAACCCAGUGUGUGUUAAAGUGUCUUUCAUCCCUGCGGGAGGGACAGGGAAGUUCCGGUGUGCCAGUGCUCUUCAAGGCCGUUAUGUGACUGUGGCUCUUUCUGGGGAAAACAGGACUCUGAGCUUGUGUGAAGUGGAGGUGUUCGGCGUUCCAACAGAAUAGUGCAGUUUUUUUUGUUUGUUUGGUUUUUUUUAUAGCAGGAAUAUUGCAACCCACCUAAUGCCUAUAUGGCCACCCAAUAAUGUUAAUAAUAAUUUACUUUAUUAAUAUUAUGUUAAAAUAUUUUUUAUAAUUCCAAUCUACUGGAAUUUGAAUUAUCUAUACCUGUUACAAAUAUUUGCAUGAGAAACAAAAUCAUUGUCUUUAAAUGCUCAGUAACACAUCAAAAUAAUAUUUCUCACUUUUAUUUUACAAAAAGUUAAUAUGAAUGUUCGGUCCAAUUCUUAUCAGCUUGUUUUAAUAAAAAUUGUGCAUUUAUACCAA